ACGUCCUGUGUGUGCUGGCGGAUACUCACGGAUGUCCUGUGUGUACUGAACAGACAGCCCACGUGGGCCAAAAUCACUGAAACAGUCCACGGGAAGUGUAGAAACCCGUUAAAAAAAAGAGAGAGAAUGGUCGAGUAUCUUUGUGGUGGUCGAUUCUUGGGCGAUAUGGAUCGAUCGAGAAGCUUUGAAGUACGAGGUGGGCAAAGAAGUGAUCGUGAGUGAACUAUGAGUCGAAUAAGUUGCUCGACCAUAGUUAGAAGAUGUCUUAGAUGGAUGAGACGGACGUUUUGGAAGCAUAACAUUUUUGGGAGCACGACGGUUUAGAAGAUCGACGUUUUUGAAGACUGACGUUUCUUCAUCACGAAGUUUUCUCGGAAAAUCUUCGUAUCAGUAAAAUAUUAUUCUGGAGACAUAAUAAGUCGGAAGCAGGAUGGGAUUUAAGAACGACGGGAAGCAAGCACGACGGGAUCGAAGCACGACGGGAAAACCCGAAGUUGGGCGAAAACCCUAAUUUCGGUAGUAUGGAAUUCUUUGAGGAAGCCGGAGGCUCGGGAAAUAUUUUUCAUCAAGGUCAAAAAUAUUUUGGAGUCUCUGAAGAAUAAUUUGCUCAUCAGAACGGGAGCGGAAAAAUAUUCGGGAUUGAUCGCGGGACGAAAAUUUACCGGAAGGAUCGAAAUCGGGCCAAUGGACCGAGAAGCUCGGGGUGGCUCUUUGCAUGGGUUCAGAACGUGGUGUCAACUGUCCAGCAAGCUGAGUGUCUACAGAAGCUUGAGGUGUCGCCAUGCAUGGAGGCAGUCCAUGCAGCCUGACACAUAGAAGCAUGAGGUGGAGCGACCAAGAACGAGGUGUCUCCGCGCAUGCAACCGAAGCAUGCGGCCAGCCAUGUGUGUGAUGCUGUGGCGACUUGCAUGAGUUCCAGUCAUGCAGCCUGACAUCUGGGAGGAUUGGUGGCUUCCUGCAUGUGUCCUGGACAUGCAGCCAGCCAUGUGGAGCACGAGGUGGAGCGACCAAGCACGAGGUGUCUCCGUGAAUGCAACCGAAGCAUGCGGCCAGUCAUGUGUGUGAUGCUGUGGCGACUUGCAUGAGUUCCAGUCAUGCAGCCUGACAUCUUAGAGGAGUGGUGGCGUCCUGCAUGUGUCCUGGACAUGCAGCCAGCCAUGUGGAGCACGAGGUGCCGCCGUGCAUGCGUCCGGAGCCAUGCGGAGCGACACACGGGCGGCCACCAACUUGAAUCUGAUUGGCUGGUGUUUUCUAUAAAUACCCAGCUACCCCCUUCAGUUUCAGACAUCCAUAACACACCAAAGAAAAUUCAAAACGUGGCUAGAGAGAGAGAGAGAAAAUGAAAGUGUUUAAUCGAUUCUGAAGACCGAGAAGGCCAGUUUCGUCCAAUCGAUGAUUCUCUACGAUUGUGACGCGGAAGCUCUGUCCAAUUCAAUACGUCCAAGCCAGUCAUAUUCUCCUACAAUCAAGUGGAGGUGCUGUCCAAGAAUAGUUCAGUUCCAUGGGUUCAGAUCAGUCGAUGUUCUGCUCGAUGCUCUGCCAGGAAGUCGAAGAACUGUCCAAAAGCUAAUGGAGGUUCUGUCCGAGUCCAGAUCAGCCUGUCGAGGCCUUUCAGUUUCUUCAUGGUGAAUCCGACGUUGUGUCCAAGACAAGAUCAUUCCAGUCCGGUCCAGUCAAGGCGUCUCUUGGGUUUUGGCUAAGUCCUCUCCGAUCAACCAGCUGUUUCUCGCCUAGAACACUGUGAGUUGGUUUGUUUGAAUUCCACUUGGAAUUUAGGGUAGAUCGAGUCGCAUAUAAAGUAGAUUGAUCACGCUAUUGAAUGGUAGAGUCCUUAGGGUUAUUUUAUUUAUGGAACCGGACUCAGUUUAGCAAGGGCUAAGCUGAGAUGAAUGGAAUUAAGACUGAGUUGAUAACCUGAUUAGGACUAAGAAUAGGAUGCAUCAUGUUUUCUAUUCUUGCGUGUUGAUAUGGUUGAGUGCAGGUUGCCGUUAUCUUUAAAGAUAGUGUCGUAGCAGGAGGCCGAACUAUCUGGGUAACGGUUUGAUUGAGUAGAUUUAAUUAAAUUCUUGCUUGUUAAUUAAUGCUUGUUGAUUGAGGUUAGUCAGCUCAUGGUAAGGGAGUGACUAACUGGUUGAGUUGUUUAGUGAUGAUAUUGUUGUUAGUGUUGUAGAGUUAGAGUGUAUUGGCCAUAUAGCAUUUGUGUAACCCACAAUGCUAGGCAUGUUUGAGGUGGAUUAGUGUUUCCUCGACCUCGUACCCAGUGGGUUUAAGGAAACCCCUUAUUCGCUGGAUCGAGAACACUCAGAGAGACGGGGUCAUGGCCUAUGGCUGAGUGGUUGCACGACGGGGUAGUGACCGGCAGUGACCCGAACGUACUGUGGGCUGUCUUGCGGUGACCCGACCGUACUGUGGGCCCAAUCGUCGUGUGACGACCGGCAGUGGCUCGAACGUACUGGAGCUGUCGCGCGGUGACCCGAACGUACUGUGGGCCGCGUUCGGUUGAAUGUUCCUUCUUCUGGCCUUUGUGGUAGGGAGAUAGGAUAUUGCCGAGGAUAGAGGAGGAACACUAAGUCACCAGGGCCCAGGUUAGAGUGUUGUGUUAGAGUCUCGUAGAGGGUUAUUGUUGCGGCCACCAAUUCAGCAGCUGAACCAGAGGUCGACCCAACACCCUACUCAACCAGCCAAGGCGCCAACCAGGACAUACGUGCACUAAAAAUGCCAUAUCUUACAAACCAGGAGGGUUUGAAUCACGAGGCUAAUUUUUAUGCAUUCUAUACUCAAGAAGGAGUCCAGGCCAAUUGGAAUUGGGCCAAAAUAAUCACGGAGAAAGAAGUUAUGAAUUUUACAAUUCAGAGGUUUCUCAACCCGUCCAUCUGCGAGUACCCGACUUUAGAAGAAGGUUCAAGCUCAAUGAAGGAGCGGCCUGAAGCAAAACACAUCACAGAAGUCAAGAGGAGGUUAUCAUCGUUUCAUAAAGCCCAAGAUCAGGAGAAAUGGCCACGGAAAUUAGGACUUAUGAUCAAUUCGCCAGAACCGGCCAAACCGACGUCAUCUAUGGAAAGUCUUCAACCAAUUCAACUUGGUUCGACCCAGAGCUAUUUAUGGGAACCAGGAGAUCAUCUUAACCAAUCAGGAGGUAUUCCAGAAGUCCUUAGCUGCACCAGAACCCAGGAGAUCAGUUGGUUCAAUGGAGAAUCACUUAAACCCAACCGGAGAUAUUUAUGGAAAGAUUGGACAAUCUUUCGGUUUGAUCUAUUCCAACCAAUUCCAAUCCAACCAGGAGAACCAGCCGACGUCCAGACAGAACCAAGACAUCCAGGAGACAUUAUACACGAGCCAGAAGAGUUCUACAACUUCAUCCCAUGCACCAGCCCACAUAGGAAUAAGAAGAUCCCCAUUAUCACCAAACUGCCUUAUUUGGAGUCUCUUGCAUUCAAACUCCAACAGCUCUUUUUCUACCAAGGGAAGGACGAGAUCAGCUUCUACCAAGCAUUCAAGAAGGUCCCAAGAAAGCUCUCUUAUCCCCUUAAACCGUCCAGAUUCAAGCAAAUCAAGUUUCUUCACUUGGAGCCAAAAUCCCACAAAAGGCUCCAACGGCUAGUUUCCGAUUUCUUGCUUAGUUUAGAUUUGUUUCCUUUCUUUUCUUUUGUGAACGUUUAGAGUCUUGUAUCUGAGCAUUAUAUAAGCUCAUUUUCGUCCAUUGUAGAGAGGACCCUCAAUCACCAAGUUAAUAAAAAGUUUAUUCAGUUUUUAUCAAAGAUUGUUCUUUGUAUAAAAUAUCGGUCUUUAGGAUUCAAAGAGAGAUUUUUUGUUGUUCUAUUGAUUUCGUGAGUCUAGUUUGUUUGUGAAAAUCAAAUAAGCUCAGUACACAGAUUGAGAGAGUCAAUCAAUUCGUUCCAUCCUUCAUCAGAUUGAGAGAUUCAAUCAAAACCUCAUCCGCAAAUCCACUUCAAUCCAUCAUCUGAUCCAUCUUGAGAGAGACAUCAGUCCAGCAAGCAAGAUCCCACCUUCACGCCAUCUCCAUCCCCUGUUCUUGUUGAGAGAGACAUCAGUCCAGCAACUUGAAUCCAUCAGCCAUCUCUAUUCUUCUCUUAUUUUGUUUCAUUUUGCAUCAUAUAGUUCUAGAUUUUCCAUUCAAUAUAAAAACCCAUAAAAAGUCAUAUUUGCUUCUGUUAUUCAUCUAUCAUUUAGUUUUCUUUAUGUUUAUCAUUUUGAUUCAUAAAAACUCAUAAAAAUAACUCUCUUCUGUUUCAGGAACCAGAUCGGUCAUCUCCCUCUCCAUCGCGUCCGUCUAGCCGCUCCAUAGCCGUCCGUCCGUCUUGUCCAGUCCGAGUUCUUGAACCUCAGUCCGUCCAAUUGAGUAGCCUGAAUCCCAGCCUGCAACAGUUAUUGAACCCUCGAGUUAGUGUAGCACCGAUAUACGGUGUUACAAGUUAGAUCGAGUCGUAGUUACUCAUAGUCUUAUUAUUGUGAUUGUGUUUGUGGUUGAUUGAUUUGCUUGCAGGUUCUGACAUUAAGUCCUAAGUCUGGUUUAGGUAUCGGAUUAGGCUUGAU